UGCAUUUAGAGGGCAUCAGUUUGACUCCAAAUACAACCCCCUUUCCUCUUCUUUCUUUCAUCUCUCUCAAACUAUCUCUCUAUCUCCCUCUCUCUACGCUGUUCUUGUUGUUUCAUGUUGGUGUAGAGAUAUGGCCGUUAAGCUAAUGAUGGGUUUCAGAGACAGUGGUUUUGGUGCCAAGAUGGAGGAGAAUGCGGUGGUGCAAGAAGCGGCCAACGCCGGUCUACAGAGCGUUGAGAAUCUCAUCAGAUUGCUUUCACAUCAAACCCAACAACAACAACAACAACAACAACAGCAACUGAAGUACCAAGACGCUACUUCAAACUCUAAAUCCGUUAUGAACGGCGGCGACGCCGAUUACAGGGCGGUCGCCGACGUCGCCGUUAACAAGUUCAAGAAGUUCAUCUCCUUGCUCGAUCGGACCAGAACCGGUCACGCCCGUUUCCGAAGAGGUCCUGUAUCUCCUCCUCCUCAACAGCAACACAAAGCCCUAGAACCUGAGCCGUUAGUUCAAGCGACGGUCAAUCAUCAUCACACGGUGGAGGAUAAACAGGCUUCGAUUUCUAGGGUUUAUUGUCCCACUCCGAUUCAGCGCUUACCUCCUCUGCCCCACAACCAUCACCAGUUGGUCAAAAACGGAUCCGUCGAUAGAAAGGAGACCACGAUCAAUUUUGCUGCUGCGUCGCCGCCGGUUUCGGCGGCGAAUUCGUUCAUGUCGUCGUUGACCGGCGACACCGACAGCCUGCAACCGUCGAUGUCGUCGGGGUUCCAGAUAACGAAUCUGUCGCAGGCGUCGUCGGCCGGCCUGCCGCCGUUGUCGUCGUCGUCGUUGAAGAGGAAGUGCAGCUCCAUGGACGAUGCUGCUGCCAAGUGCGGCGGCUCUUCCGGACGAUGCCAUUGUUCCAAGAAAAGGAAAUCAAGGGUGAAGAGAGUUGUCAGAAUUCCGGCUAUCAGCAUGAAGAACGCCGACAUACCACCUGACGAUUUCUCUUGGAGGAAGUACGGUCAGAAACCCAUCAAAGGCUCACCUCAUCCCAGGGGUUAUUACAAGUGCAGUAGUGUAAGAGGUUGUCCAGCGAGGAAACAUGUUGAGAGAGCAGUGGAUGAUCCGACGAUGCUGGUGGUUACCUACGAGGGCGAUCACAACCAUUCACAUUCGAUCACGGAGGCAACAGCUGCCCUAGUUCUCCAAUCGUCUUAGUCAAUGCUAUGAUUAUUCUUAUCAUCAAAGGGUCCAAAAGCAAUCGGAAAGCGAUGUGUCAUCACAGCCGUUGAAAAAGCUUACAAGAAAUGGACAAAUCAAUAUCUCUGCAGAAUUUGGGUGUGUGUCUCAGUGGUCAAAGAAGAGGGUUGGCUCUGUCUCCAAGAAGAUUAGUGGGGGAUGCUUCCUCAGCUACGUCAAGACAAAAAUUAGUGGGGUCCACUCUGUUUUACCAAAAACACUUCUGUUUUCUCUCUCUUCCGUUGAAAAACUUUUGAUUGUUGUGUUUAGAAAAAUGUUAAAGUAAAGAGAAGAAAAAGAUGAGACUCUCUGUGGAUUUGGUGGGAAUUGAAUCAUAUAUUUGCAAGUAGUGCGGUGUUUCUUUUUAUUUAUUAUUAUUUUAUAUUAUUUACUUAGACUCUUGAUGUAUUAUUAUUACUCAGUAAAUGCUUCAUGGUAUAUUGGUAUA